AUGGAGGUCCACGCCCACGCCGCCUCUUCGCCCAUCCUGCAACGCGCUCUUAAAUCCGCUCUACCUUACAGUAUCAACCUCGUCUACAGGGUUCAACACCCCAACCGGACCGAACACGCCCACAUAAUUGCCACCUUCUCUCCGUCAGCCACUCAAAUCCCAGAGUGCUGGGCAGCAGCAUACCUUGAUCGUUCAAUGCGCCCAGAAACCGAGCUAUGGAUCUUCAGUAGCGCAGAACAGCCUCGUCACUCGAAUUCAACACCAGAGUUUCAUCAAGAUAGUAAGAAGGCGGUGUUGGCAUUAAUAGACUACAUGGCUACACUCCCCACUCCACCGAUACGCUCCGAUAACCUGCCUGCUCUGGAGCUGGCAAAGCAGCACGAAAAAGAACACCCAACUCCACCAGCUUCCGGCGCAUACGAACUCUCACCAGGAACAUAUAUGCGACAUCUACUCAUGCCAAAGGUUGUUACGUUGGGAGCGUGCCAUAGCAACGUAGUCCAAAUCCUCCGCGAAGCAGGAGUCCUACGAGAUGAGCUUCCGGGCCCCGAUGCUGAGCUAAACAAGUUCUUGUUCAAGCUUUCUGAUCUACCGGAGACGCGGGAGCUGCCAAAGGGACUGCGAUGGGGCGAGGUGCGCGAGCAAGAUAUUGAUCUUGUCAAGGCCCGAACAUCUAUUCCACGUACGACGAAGACACUCAUGUCACUAAAGAGCGUGGGUGUAUUUGAAGAAGAAUCAGAUACUGCGGUAGCGUGGACAUUUCUUGGAUUAGAUGGAUCCCUUGUUACCUUACAUACGGAAGAAGUGCAUCGAGGCAAGGGCAUAGCCAAGGCCGUUGCAGCGAAGCUGUUUCGACAGCAUGCACCAGGAUUAGCGAUAGACGACGACGGGAAUGCAUGGUCGCAUGCGGACGUGUACAUGGGCAAUGCACAGAGCGAAAGCGUGUGUAGAAGCUUGGGAGGCAAGGCGCUGUGGAAAUGUUUCUGGGUGCGCAUAGAUCUAGAAAAGGCGGGAGGUCUGGCGAAGGCUUGA